UAGGACGACUUGGAAACACGCUAGAAUCACUUCCAAACACAAAAAGGAAGGAGUUAAGCUCAUUUCCAUCAGCGAAAUUGGGGUUGCUUCACUCCUCCUUCCCGCCCAAACUCCCAGUCCCUGAGAGCUAGGGUUUUGGAAUAAUGGCUACACCUGAAUCAGUCAUAGACCUGGAGGGCAAGGAUCUCGAAGGAGGUCGCCUGGAUUGCGACGACUACGUCUUCGUUAAGAUCGGUGAAUCCGUCACUAUAAAGCCCCAAUAUUACAACUUCAAUCUCGAUAGCCCCCUUCCUUCUCAGCCCUUAGCCGUCUCCGAGCGUUCUCAACUCAUCUUCGUUGCCCAUUCUGACGGGUUUUGUGUGGCCAGGACCGAGGCUGUUAUUGAGUUGGCCAAGGAGAUUAAGGAGAAAGGAAGCGGUUCUUCUAUACAAGAGUUGAGUGUGGUGGACGUUCCUAUUGCUAAUGUUCGCAUUCUGGCACUAUCUACUGACUCCUCUACGCUUGCCGCUUCCGUUGGCGGUGAUAUUCAUUUCUUCUCUGUUGAUUCCCUUCUCAAUAAGGGACAAGAGCCAUCUUUCACCCGUUCACUCAGUGGAUCAAGCAGUGUUAAGGACAUGCGGUGGAGGAAAAAAAUGGAUAACUCUUAUGUUGUUCUUUCAAGUGAUGGAAAGCUAUACCAUGGAGCUGCUGAAGGCCCCCUUAAAGAUGUAAUGGACGGUGUUGAUGCUGUUGAAUGGAGUGUAAAAGGAAACUCCAUUGCUGUGGCGAGAAAGAAUACUCUUAGCUUACUGUCAUCAAAAUUCAAGGAAAGGCUGUGCAUGUCUCUAUCAUUCAAGUCAUGGAUUGGGGAUUCUGGUGUAAAUUGCACUGUAAAAGUGGAUUCUAUCAGGUGGGUUCGUCCUGACUGCAUCAUUCUCGGGUGCUUUAAGCUAACUGCUGACGGAAAGGAGGAAAGUUUCAUGGUCCAAGUGGUCACAAGCAAAGAAGGAAAGAUCACUGAUGCUUCUUCCCUGCCCACUGUGCUAUCCUUCUAUGAUGUAUUUCCAGGUUUGGUGGAUGAUAUUGUACCUUUUGGAAGUGGCCCUUAUCUAUUCUUGAGCUAUUUAGAACAAUGUCAACUUGCAAUUACUACUAGCAGGAAGAAUGUGGAUAACCACAUUGUUUUAUUCGGUUGGUCACUUGAUGAUAAGAAGAAUGAAGCUGCAAUUUUGGAUAUUGGUCGAGAUAAAUAUCGCCCAAGGAUUGAACUUCAAGAGAAUGAUGAUGACAAUUUGAUCUUGGGGCUUUGUUGUGACAAAGUUUCCCUGUAUGGGAAAGUUGAAAUCCAGCUUGGAGCUGAGGAACCAAGAGAACUUUCACCAUAUUGUGUACUUUUUUGUCUUACCCUUGAGGGAAAGCUGGUUAUGUUCCAGGUUGCCAGUGUAACCGGAACUCCAGCUCCUACUCAGGAUCUGUCUCCCCUUACUGGUGAUGAAGAUGAGACUCCUGCAGAGGCACCUGUGGAACAUGAUCAGUCACGGGAAGCAAACACGAAGGAAAUUAGUAUAAAACAAGAGGGGGAGAUUCUUAUUAAAAAUGACCUAAAUACUUUUCAGGAAAACAAGUCUUUAAUAUCGGCCUGCAUUGCUGAUCAAAUAUUGCAUAAGGAAACUAUUGCUGCAGACCAUGAAGCAAAAUCUCUGGUAAAUUCACAGACAUUUGAAGCUGAUGGGCAACAAAGAGUUUCUACCAUAAAGCUGUACCAAGAAGUAGAUGGUAAGCAAUCAGGACUUCCUAGACAGCAAAGCACUAAUUUAGAGGGGUCAUCUUUGAAAACUUCUCCUCUAGAGGGGCUUGGUAAUGUUGUUGGAGAUGUCAAGAAGACGGAUAUUCAAAAAAUUACAGGAGUUGGAUCUGGCUUGGGUUCUUCCCAGUCAAGUCAUAAUUUUUCACGAAGUUUUGAGACUCAUAAAGAACUACCAGGGAAGAUUGGUUCAACUAACUUACAAAAUGCUUCUCAAUCAUGGUCUGGUGGAAAAUUCACUUUUCCCAAAUCUACUGAAGAAAAACUAUCUUUGUCUUCAAGUUUUGUUGAAAGCGGCAGAUCUGAAACUGCUGGGAUUAAUCUGAGUAUUCCACAAGUUCCUGGAGGUCCUGUUGGGAGUCCUAUCUACCCAAAAGAUGCUGCUACCUCAUUGGCUGCUGGCAAUUUUGGUAGAAUAUCUCAGAGCAGAGGACAGAGAGGUUCAAUGGUGGCAGGGAAUGUUGAACCAAUAUCUUCGACUCUAGGUUCACAAUUGUCAAUGCAGGAAAAUUUUCCAGCCAAGUCUCCUAAUUAUAAGUCUUAUCCUCCCAAGGAGAAUUACAGAACUCCCCCCUUACAAGGACAACUGAACUCCGAACCGAACUUAUCAAAACAAUUUGGCAAUGUUAAAGAGAUGGCUAAAGAACUGGAUACACUUUUGCAAUGUAUAGAAGGGCCAGGUGGUUUCAGGGAUGCUUGCACCAUAUUCCAGAAGAGUUCAGUUAUGGAAUUAGAGCAAGGCAUAGGCACCCUUUCUGAAAACUGCCGAAUGUGGCGGAGCAUAAUUGAUCAACAGCACGGGGAGAUUCAUCAUCUGCUUGACAAGACAGUGCAAGUUUUGGCAAGGAAAGUAUACAUGCAAGGCAUUGUUAAGCAAGCCACUGAUAGCAGAUAUUGGGACCUCUGGAGUCGGCAGAAGUUGGCUUCUGAGCUAGAACUGAAGCGACGAAAUAUAUUAAAAAUAAACCAGGAUCUGACAAAUCAGCUGAUUGAAUUAGAGAGGCAUUUCAAUGCCAUUGAGCUUAAUAAAUUUGGUGAAAAUGGUGGCAAUCAUGUGGGUCGGAGAGCUCUUCAAAGUAGAUCUGGUCCUUCAAGACACAUGCAGUCCCUGCAUAGUUUACAUAACACAAUGAAUUCACAAUUAGCAGCUGCAGAGCAACUUUCUGAAUGUCUCUCAAAACAGAUGACUAUGCUGAGCAUUGAUUCUACUGUGAAAAAGCAGAAUGUAAAAAAAGAGUUGUUUGAAGCAAUUGGGAUUCCAUAUGAUAGUGCCUCUGUCAGCUCUCCGACUAUAUCAAACACUAGUGAUACCCCAUCAAUGAAGAAUUUCCUAGUUUCUUCAAGUUCUGCAAAUAAAGAUCAGUCUAGGAGAAACCAAUUAAGUGCUUUAAAGAGUUAUGAACCAGAAACGGUUAGGAGGCGGAGAGACUCACUGGGCCAGAGUUGGGCAAAUUUUGAGCCUCCAAAAACAAUUGUGAAAAGGAUGGUUUUGGAAGAACAGCAGAAGGUGGGUGUUAACAAACCAUCCUUCUCUGUGGAUAAGCGACAAUUUAGUCCUCAUAAGCUGGAGGGAUCAGCCUUUGCUUACUCAAACAAUAAUACAACUCCUUCAGCCUUCUUGUAUCCAUCUAGAAACAAAGGAAUUCAUGAGAUAUCUGCAAAACAGGCAUCUUAUAGCCCAUCAACGUCUUUGUUCAGAUGGGCCAAUGACCCUUCAGGACCAUCACAAUCUUUUGGGUCUAGAUCUCCUACACCUCAUGCAUUACCAGGAAACAACCUUUCAGCAUUCUCAUCGCUGUCAGCACCUCAGUCAUCACCUGUUGUAGAUCAAAGUAAUGCAAUGGAAACUUGCAAUUUGACUAAUGAGAGAUCAAGCAGUGGGGUGACCUUUGUUGAGAAGUCUGAUGCAGUUUCAAUCAAUGAAACAAAAUCUACUCUGCUGUCUGAAAGUCACCUGCCUCAAACACCUAUAAUCUCCACUAGUUUACCAGCACGGACGCUGCCAUUAACUAAGAAACCAAAUGAGAUGUCAAAUUCAAAUGGUAAAGGAACUGUGCUUGCAAAGCCAACUAUUGGAAGUGUGAAACAGAAACCUGUGUCUCCUGGAAGCUCAUUUUCUCAGUCUGGAGUCUCUCCAUUCUCUCCCAUAUCUGCUGUCCAGCCAGCACCUAGCUUGCCUGGAAAAGUUUUCCAGUUGGAUAUUGCAAAAAGCAAAGGCCAGUCUUGUGAAGAAGUGCCACCUUCUCCUGCACUCUCAAGUCCAUUUUUGGUUCCAUCAUCAUCUUCAGUGAUAGAGUCCUCAGCAGUUUCCCAAUCUUCGUUACCCAUGCCAUCCACUGUACCAACCUCAUCAGCUGCUGUGUCAUCUAGCCAAUUGUUUGCCAAUUCUAAAUCCAUUGAAGAUGCCAAUCAAUCUUUGUUUUCUCAAUCUUCAUCAUCAGCUUCUUCGUCUCCAUUUCUUUCUUUGAGAUCCUUCUCUUCUCAGGCCCAAGAAACACUGGUUCCAUCUCCAUCCACCUCCUUAAAUUUAACUUCAGCUUCUCUUCAAACAUCACUUCAAUCUCCUUUGGGGAAAUUUAGUUCAAAAUCAGAUGUGAAUUCUGCUUCACAAGUUCCACCUCAGCAAUCCAAGACUCCCACAAGAGAGUUUAGUUUGAAGCUUGAACCUUCAGUGCCAUCUGCAUCAAAAAUUGAAUCUUCCACUGGAUUGGCAUCUGGAAAUCUGCCCAGUUUCAACAGUUUAGCAAGUCAUGCAUCCAAUGUGACAACAAUGAAUGCCAAACCAGAACAGUUGCCUGCUGAUGGUGCGUUACAAGCACACCCCUUGAUUUCUGGAAGUGCUGCUGGCAGUAAGAAUGAGAGUCUGGAUGUUACAGUAACCCAGGAGGAUGAGAUGGAGGAGGAAGCACCCGAGACAAGUCAAGCAACUGAACUUAGUUUGGGAAACCUUGGGGCAUUUGGGCUUGGAUCCUCUCCUAAUCCAAUGGCUGCCAAACCAACUCCAUUUGGUGGUCCAUUUGGUGGUCAAUUUGUGAAUGCAGGAACAAAUCCUGCAAGCACUCCAUUUACAAUGACGGUUCCUAGUGGGGAGCUGUUCCGCCCCGCAUCCUUCAACUUCCAGUCGCCACAGCCUUCUCAACCACCUCAGUCAACAAAUUUGGGAGCAUUCUCUGGAGGCAUUAAUGCUGGGAUCACUGCACAAGCUCCUGCGAGAAGUGGGUUUGGCCAGCUUGCACAGAUUGGAGCUGGACAGCAAGCACUGGGAUCAGUUCUUGGUGCUUUUGGGCAAUCAAGACAGUUUGGUGCUGGUCUACCAGGUGCAGGUUUUGCUUCUGCCAGUAGUUUCACUGGUGGGUUUGCUGGAGGCCACUCUGCUGGUGGUUUUUCAAAUGCUGCUGCUGGAGGUGGAUUUGCUGGUGUUUCAUCUACUGGUGGUGGGUUUGCUGGUCUGGCUUCUGCAGGUGGUGGAUUUUCUGGGGCUGCCCCAACCAGUGGGGGUUUUGCUGGAGCCACAGGUGGCGGAUUUGGGGCUUUUAGCAACCCACAAGGAAGUGGUGGCUUCGCCUCAUUUGGUAGCACAGGAGGAACUGGGAAACCCCCAUCUGAGCUCUUCACGCAGAUGAGAAAAUAGAUUUAACAGGUUAUGGACAAAAGCAGACUCAUGAAGUAAUGUCCCAAUGAAGGGAGGGGAUUGCUUGAUGCACAUCCUCUAGGUUUUUGAAGGAAACUAUUUUUUCGUUAUUUGGCCCUGGGCUAUGCCCUCUUCUUCUGUGUCAUUCCUCCUAAGAUUCCAGCAGUACCACACUGUAAAUAGGAUUUAAUGGUUAUAUUGCUAGUUUGAUCAUUUUUAUUUCCCACAUUGUGGUCGGCAUAUUGCAAUUGUCAAUUUUGGGCUUUGCACCUUAUGAUAGUCAUACAUUUUGCAA